GUGCAACUGCUAGAGAGAGAGAGAGAGAGAGAGAGAGAGAGAUAAGGAGGAUAGAGAUGGUGAUUUGAUCCCAUGCAACUAUAUAUGCAAAAAUGAAAAGAUAUAUAUGUAGAGUGAUCAUAUAACCAUAGAAAGAAAGGUGUGGGUAAGAAUUAAGAGAGGUGUCUUUUUCUUGCCCAUGAGUACUGCUGUUAAGGAUAUGGCUCUGAUUCGGGUGUUGUCUUUGUUACAAGCAUUACAGUUUUAAAAAGGGCCUCUCAUAUAUCUCUAUCUCUCUUUGUCUUUGGGCCCUAAAUAAUAUGUUGCCUCAGAGGAGGAGGAGGAGGGAGCACUACUUAGGAGAGAGAGUGCUCGGCUCGAUGUCUCCUUCUUCUUCCUCGCUUCUUCUUAUUCUCCUUAUUCUGCUUGUUACGAUCUCCGCUACCGUCGAUCGAACAUCGGCGGUCUCAAACUCGAAUUCUACGAGCACUCGAAGGGUGUCGACACUCAAGUUGGCGAGGAUCCAAGAGCACUUAGAUAAGAUCAAUAAACCGGCAGUAAAAUCCAUUGAGAGCCCAGAUGGAGAUAUCAUCGACUGUGUCCCCCAACACAAGCAACCAGCUCUUGAUCAUCCUCUUCUAAAGGAUCACAAGAUUCAGAGAGUUGCACCUGGGAUACCGAAGUUCAAGGGCGGCCGCCAACCGCGGAAUUACACUGCGAAAAGGGCGUGGCAAGCGUGGCACCAUGUCGGGCACUGCCCGAAAGGAACGGUGCCGAUUCGAAGAACAUCGGUCGAUGAUGUUUUACGAGCCAAAUCCUUGUUCCACUACGGGAAGAAGCAGCUCAAUAGAGUGACCCUUGCUAGGUCCAGUGUUGAUGCACCAGAUGUGGUCAGUGGCAAUGGCCAUGAGCAUGCAAUUGCAUACACAGGGAGCUCACAAGAAGUGUACGGAGCAAGGGCAACAAUCAACGUCUGGGAUCCGUCCAUCCAAGCAUCCAACGAGUUCAGCCUAUCACAGAUCUGGAUCCUCUCGGGAUCAUUCGACGGCUCAGAUCUCAACAGCAUCGAAGCUGGUUGGCAGGUCAGCCCUGAGCUAUAUGGAGACAGCAGGCCCAGGUUGUUCACCUACUGGACGAGUGAUGCUUAUCAAGCAACAGGUUGCUACAACAUGCUAUGCCCAGGAUUUGUGCAAACCAACAAUAAGGUUGCCAUUGGAGCAGCUAUAUCCCCUGUUUCAUCCUAUGCAGGAAACCAAUUUGAUAUCACCAUUCUCAUAUGGAAGGAUCCGAAGCUAGGGAACUGGUGGAUGAGCUUCGGCGAAAAUAUGCUAGUAGGUUACUGGCCUGCGGAGCUCUUCACACACCUCUCCGACCACGCGACGAUGGUGGAGUGGGGGGGCGAGGUGGUGAACAUGCGGCCGUCCGGCGAGCACACCGCGACGCAAAUGGGGUCGGGCCAGUUUGCCGAAACCGGAUUCGGGAAAGCGAGUUACUUCAGAAACCUCGAGAUCGUCGACACCGACAACAGCCUCAGCGCGGUACAAACCAUAUCGACGCUCGCGGAGAACACCAACUGCUAUGAUAUCCAGAGCUUUUCGAAUUCCGAUUGGGGGACACACUUUUACUACGGCGGGCCCGGAAACAAUCCGAAAUGUCCGUAAGAAGUAGUAAAAUCUCUCUCUCUCUUUCCUGGAGUGAAUUUUGCUUUUACUACUAGCUACAGGUCUCACCACACUUGUUGAAUAUGUGAAAUUAUGAUGAAAUGUUUUGGGCUUGAUCAAUUAUUAAUUGUUUUGGACCCAUGGGAUGGGCUAUGGGGUCUUGUUUCCCUCCUGUUUUGGUUGGAACUAAUUAAUGUCACAUAUACGUAUCAUAUUUGUUGGGCAAUUGUGCAAACUAUUUUCUCUGUUAA